GUGUCAGGUCCUUCUGCCCGGACACUGAUGACGCGCCGGCGCUCCUCUCCCCCAUUGGGUGGCGACAUCCUGGGGAGCCAAUCAGCGUCGCCGC